CCACUACAAAUACCACCCCAUCCCCCAUUCCCUCCUUAUCAACCGGCCAACUCCAAACACCACUCCUUCACUACAAUCUUUGCAUGCUCUUCUAGUUCUUGAAUCUUGUUGUUUGGAUUAAAGAGAAGAAGGAAAAGAAAGAAAGGGAGAUGGCAGUGGUAGUGUGUGAAGUGAAUCCUGUUGCUGUUUUUCCGGUGAACCAGCAAAGCACCGGCGGAGGAGAAGGCAGUGAAGAUGGCCGGUUGGAUAUCUGGAACUCAAUCCAGUCACAGAAAAAAGUAGUAGUUGAGUGUCCAGCACUGCUGCCUUAUGUUCACCCUUUACUACGGCGUUCCUCUAGUUCUCUGAUCAGCCAGAAAAGCCUCCAGGUUUGCACUGAAAGCCUCGGCUCUGAGACCGGCUCCGACGUCUUCUCUGACGAUGACUUCUCCCCCUCCCCUUUCGCUUCUGAUCUUGAUGAAAUUGAACCACUUCAAAACUUUGAAGAUGAAGAUGAAGAAGAAGAAGUUUAUGAUGAAGUUGAAAAAGAAGAAGAAGAGAAGAAGAGAGAGGAGAAGGAGCUGGUGAGUGUGAACUAUCACUGUUGCAUAAGUAGGAGAUCACCAGUGCGUUCAUUCCCACCACCACUGCCUUCAAUCUCUCGACGUGAUGGUCCUUGUCUCAGCAUGAGGCCUCACCGCCGUGAUGGCCGUCUCGUUGUCGAAGCUGUCCCUGUUCCUUCGCAGAACUACCUCCAUGCUGAACGUCAUGAUGGUCGUCUCCUUCUCUCCUUCAUUCACACCUCUUCUCCUCAACCUUCACUUCCAAUCCCCUCUCAAAUCAAAAAACAAGAAUCACCACCACAACAACAAGAUGAAGAUGAAGGUGAAGAUGAAGAAGAUGGAGAAGAAGAACAAGAGUCAGAGGAGGAGGUUGAGGUGGUGGACAGAGGAACAGUGGUGGAAGUGAAGGUAAGCAUGCAACCACAACAACAAAGUGGAUCCAUGAAAGUCCACAGAUCAUCUCUAGUAAUCAACAAGUUCGUCGGCGGAACACCUAUCUCCGUUGAGGAUGAACAAGAUGAACCACCAAAGCUCCGCCGCGUCCCAUCCACCACCAUGACUGCUGCCGCCGCAGUGGUGGCGGCGGCGUCAUCUCUGAGCGGUGGAGACAGUGGUUGUUCAAUGGAGAACACAACGGCGGACAGCAAGUUGCUGUUCACGUCCAAAGGCCGGAGCAAAGAGGAGAUGCUCUACCUCAUGCGGCGGUGCAGUGAGCUCCGGCGACCUAUCUUCUUCUAUGAACCAUGCUGCAUUGUUACUAAUUAACUACUAUUUACUAUCUCUUAAUCCCAUAAUUAAUCAAUUAAUCA